CUGAGUCAAACUCUUGGUCCAUCUAGCUCAGCAUUUUCAACGCAGACUAGCAGCAGCUUCUCCAGUUUUUUGCAGGACAAAUCCAGGCACAUUAGUAUGUUGGAUGGGUAUCCCAUUGUCUGACAGCUAUUUUUUAAAUCUAAUACUAGUCUAACAUCAAGUGGUCCUGUGGGAAAGUGGUUUUCCUUUGCUGGGAUGAUUCACAGCCCCAGGAGGCACAACCUGAGUGAUUUAAUCUUUGAAAAACUUGUAUUGCUUAAAGGAAAUGGAAACAGCUUUGGAUAAGCAAUGAACAUCUCAAAAUUGUUUCCUUUUUUCAGGCAUUGUAUUUUGUAUUUUAAGAUGUAUUUUACAAUACUAUUUUGUAUUUUUAUUGGCUGUUUACCAAGUAAUUUGUAUUUUGCUUUUAAAAUAUUUUUUCUGGGUAUUUUGCCAUCUGCUCAGCAGGUUUCUGCCCAAGGAGCCACCUCAUUGACUGAAGAGUGCUGGCUGUGUUUAGGCUCCAUGCAUCCUCCUCCUGGCUGCUCUGCCAGGAUUCCCCACCCCGUGGGCCCCCUCUCUCUCCCCCCACCUUCUCUGUCCAAGGGCCUCGUUCUCAUUGUCUCUCCGCUCUCUUCUAGGCUGUGCAGGAUCCGAGCCUUCCUGGCCAGAAGGACGAGCAGAGUGGGCCUCGUGGAUGCCCCAGGGCAGCCUAGAGCUGCCCAGCCCGCUGUACCCAAUGGUGGCGGAUUGGUGGCUGCAGGAACCUGCUUCUUUCCUUGCUUCCGCUCUGCUCCCUCCCUUGCUGUCCCCGCCCCACUCGUCUCUGUCAGUGUCCCUGCCCCACUCGCCUCCCUCAGUGUCCCCGCCCCACUCGCCUCACUUGCUGUCGCCGACCCACUCACCAUCACCACCCUGCUCACUGCCUCCACUGUCGCCACCUCCGCUGUUGUCACCCCGCUCUCCACCUUCCCUGUCGCCACCCCGCUCGCCUCCUUCGCAGUCACCAGUUGGGGAGAGGAGCACCCCAGGGCCAUCAGAGCCCCCUGAACAGGAUGAUGGAGAUUUAACAGCUUGCUGCCUGAUUGAGGCCUGGCUGCAGCAGAGGAAUCAGGCCAAACCCCCGGGGGAAGGAGCAGGGAAGGACGAGUUGGGCAAUAUUGAGGAGGACCCCGUGCCCCACCACCUCUUCUCUCUGUGCACAGAGGCCAUCGCUUUCUUGAGGGCACUACUAGCAAAUGGGACCGAUGAUGUUAUUCUAGACCAUUACAAUAACAUCGUUCAGGAACUCCAGCCUGUAUUGACCCGCUCCAGAUCCCUGAAGACGAACAAGCCCACAGUUUACUCUAAGAGCUGGUUUGAUAAAGACUGCAGCAAUGCCCAAAGUGAGCUUAUUAUUGCAUAUCAAGCAUCCAGGGGCUGCCCUUCGUUUGCUACUGUUGUAAAUCUGUUAGCUCGGCUGACCUGACAGGAUUUACAAUCCCUUCAGCUCUACUUCUGUGAGUCAAAUAGAAAGUCUGGAGAUAAGAAUAGCAGCCUAGCUGCACGAACAAAAGCGAAAAAUGACUCACAAAGAAAAGUAGCAUAAACAAAAUAAAGCCCCUUGAACUAAACUAGGUACUCCCCUCUACGAUAACUGAGCAAUGACUGAAAACAACGGAACAAGGAAUGAACAGAACAUGGACAGGCUGAAACACAAAAGGUUGAAUAAGUCUUAAG